AUGGUUCGACAUAUUUUCUCUUCGCUCUGGGCUAUUCCUGCCCUGGCCCAAGCUCAAAUUCAGAGCAUUCACCCUCAAGGCCACGAUGAGAUCACCUAUAGCUUCAAUGUCCCCGAUGAUACUGCGAAGUCGGGCUCGGGCCCCAUAUACUUCCAGAUGAAUUCUACCCGUCAAGUGCAGUGGUUUGCCUUGGGCCAAGGAAGGCGAAUGGCAGGUGCUAAUAUGUUUAUCGUGUACACGUCUGGCAACAAUGUCACCGUUUCUCCGCGGUCGGGUGUCGGGGAAAUUGAACCGUUGUAUAACAGGGACGCCCAAAUCACAAUUCUGAACGGCAGUGGUGUGCACGACAAGGUCAUCACUGCCAAUAUCCGAUGCGAUACCUGUCUAAAAUGGAAUGGAGGAACAGCAAACGUGAACAGCUCUUCAAGUUCAUGGAUUUGGUCCAUCAAAUAUGGAGAGUCACUGAAUUCGGUCAGUUUGUCUGAAGGUCUUAGCCAACAUGAUGAUCACGGUGCCAUGACUAUCGACCUGAAAAAAGCGACGGGUGGCAACUCAGUGAAUCCCUUCGCCCAAUUGGCCCGAGCGCCCAUCUCCUCUAGUGAAGAAGAUCCAGGCCUUGUGGCCUUCCGAAGAACAGUCAAGAGGAAAAAGACGGCUCAUGCUGUGCUCAUGAUUUUGGCUUUUGUGAUCAUGUUCCCUUUCUUCGCACUUGGACUUCAUAUUUUCCCAUCGAAAUGGACGGUGAACAUUCACGGAACGUUUCAACUCCUCACUUUGACCAUGGUAAUUGCAGGGUUUGGAGUUGGUAUUUCUAUGGCACGGCAGCUUGAAUUGAUCGAUUCUUACCAUACCAUCCUGGGGAUGAUUGUUGUACCCUGCCUUGUUCUUUUCCAACCUGCUAUGGGGGUGUUGCAGCACCGAUUCUUCCGGAAGACAGGUGGGAAAGGGCCGUUUGCUUAUAUGCAUCGCUGGUUUGGACGGUUGAUGAUAAUAUUGGGUAUCAUCAAUGCUGGGCUUGGGUUCAAGCUUGCGAAAGCACCACGUGGGGCGAUCAUAGCAACUAGUGUUGUUGCUGGUAUUGUUGCAAUGGUUUAUAUUGUGAUUCUGGCAUACUACUACCAUAUCCCCCUCCCCCCUCCCAAACCACUGAAUAGAACUAUUAUGCCAUUACAUACAGUCGCACUAGGUGUGGCAUUGACUCCCACUGUCCUUCACACUCUCAUCAGUCACUACCUGCAUCGCAAAUCUCUACAUAACAAACCCACCGUCCAUGUUACCUAUGAUGAGGGUAUUCAGAUCGUUCGUCAAUUUCUAUUCUAUGCAUCUAAGCACCCCGUCGAAGACCUACAGGCAUUCACCCGCCAAUGGGCCCCAAGCCCACAUUGGGUGAGAACCGAAACCAUCACAAUCCCCGACAAGUUUCUGUCCUCUGCUGCAGAUACUGUCACAAAGCAGCUGGGCCCUAGGGGCGUCAUACGAGUGGGAGGAGAGAAAUGGUGGCAGUGGCGGGGGCCGUCCGAAGAGCUGAAGGGGGAGUGGAUUGAGAUGCGAAACCACUAUAAUCAAACGGAGGGGGCCGGUGGGCAUUGCAACCGUGUAAUGCUAUAUGUUCAUGGUGGGGCCUAUUUCUUUGGAAGUGUCGACACCCAUCGGUACAUGCUGCAGCGUCAUGCGCGCAAACUGAAGGGACGUGUAUUUGCGCCGGAGUAUCGACUAUCACCGCAGUUCCCUUUCCCAUGUGGCCUGCAUGACUGCAUGGCGGCUUACCUCUGGCUGCUUAAGUCCCAUGAACCCAAAGAAAUCAUUCUUGCUGGUGACUCUGCGGGUGGAGGCCUGGCUUUAUCGAUGCUGGUCAUCAUGAGAGACCAGGGUAUUCCCUUACCAGCGGGCGCCAUCUUGAUCUCUCCCUGGGUUGAUUUAACACACUCGUUCCCGAGUAUUGUUGAGGACAACCCGGGCGAUUAUAUCCCUGCCUAUGGCUUCCGUCAUAAACCCUCGGCCGCUUGGCCCCCUCCCAAUGCUGAUGAUAUCCUGGAAAUGAAAAAAAUGUCGCGCCAGCCAAUAGUGACUGCCGAGGAUGUCAAAAAAGCUAUUCCCCAACCAAACAGCACUGCUGAAGAGACCGCCAUCCGUGGUUAUACUGUCCAUGAGAACGGCUCACCCCUAGCCGAACACGCUUACCCUGGCCUGCAGCAAGCCCCGGACCCUGCUAGUUUGCAUGACGAACCCGAUAACAUUUAUGUUGUUCUGGAUGGGAAGACAGUCGAACUCAAGGACCAAAUUCAAUUGUACACGACAAACCAACUCAUGUCCCACCCUCUUGUUUCACCAGUCCUCCAACCCUCUCUGGGUGGCUUGCCUCCUCUACAAAUAUUGAGCGGCGGCGGUGAGACUCUUCGUGACGAGCAAUUUUACAUCGCCCACAAAGCCGCCAACCCAACGGCAUAUCCACCCAGUGAUGCAUAUCUCGACGAGAAUGAUCCCAUCCGGGAGACUUUGAACAAAUAUGAACCAACAUAUGUACAACUUCAGGUCUGGGACAACCUAUGCCAUGUCGCUCCCACUCUGAGCUUUACACGACCAGCCAAGUACAUGUUCCGUUCCAUUUCCCAGUUUGGCUCUUGGGCGUUGGCGCGAGCACAGAAUGGCGAGGUCGAAAUCGCGGAUGACAGUGCUCUUUCGGCCGUUUCUUCAAAUAGCUCAGAUGAUGAAGACGUCCCGGAGCCUCAAACCGCAUUGAACAGUCCACCUGAUGCACCUGAGCCCUCCUCUGUCGGAAAGGCCGGGGAUCCUCUUCCAGCGUUCCAUCAAUACAUGAUACGCCAACGAAUCGAUAAACGAGGACAUAUCUUCCCGCUAGAUCCUCCCUCUUCAUACCCAGUGCUACAGAUACCCCCUGCCGAAGUCGGGGCAAUCAACCCCUCGCUCAUCCGAAUGUGGUUGGACGCAAAAAAGGAAUGGGACAUCAGAUUUGCGAAGGAGAAACUUCGGAUUCAGAGCCGACGCCUGAAAGAGCUGGCGCAUGGCUUCCAAGACUUUGAUGGCGAAUGUCCUCCCCCGAGUUCUUUGGCCGCCCGGCGAGCUGCUCCUGGCGUACUACCAAAACGACAUGCCAAGAAGAACUACGGCAUGAUGAUGUGGAGCGGCUGGGGAAGCAAGCAUGACGAACGCAGAAUGGAAAUGGAGGAGCGGGCCGAGGAAUCGGGCAGACGUUCCACCCGUGUCAGCACUGAUGCUGGGCAGGCUGGAGCAUGGUCUAGCACUCCGGCGACACACCCCCAAGCCCCAAAAGCCUCAGACAAAGACCUUACCGACACGAAGUCGCAGUCUAAUGGGCACACGGCAGCCAGCCUAGACAAAAGGGAACAGCCCAGAAACGGUGGCUCUUCUACUGGACGUACGUCUACAGAUCCCGAGACCAUCUCCCGAGAUCUCUCGCAGAAAAGCGCUGGCCCAAUCCUUAUAUUGCCCGAGGUGAACAACAACAAAUUCACCGAUGAGAACGCCAGCACAAGGGCUCUUUUUCAUGCAGCAGGCUCUCUCCCGAUGAAAUCUGAUCUUUCCUUAGCUCACAGCCGGUACCGGGCAUCAUCCGCUGCAGGAUCAACCGCUGGCCGAAGCGAGAUGCUGUCGGACACUGCCAGUACCGUUGGCGGCGACAAGGACUCCGUUGUAUACACAAACAUGGCACCCGAUGCCGCUAGCACUCGAGCUGUGGUGAGCGCGCGGGGUGUUAUUGCCCCAAUUAUGGUUGGCGAGAAUGGCCGUCGUUCUACAGAUACUCUAUCUGUGUUCUCUACGGCUGGUCGGGACUCCAUGUCGCACCGUCCUGAAGUUCUGGACAGAGAAGGGUUCAAAAGCGCCGAUUAA